AUGGCUCUAGCAAGAAAUUGCGCAGCGAACACGUUAAACGAAGACGGCGCCGACGCUGGUGACGCUUGGAAGAGUGGAUUGCCAGUUCGUAUCGUCAGAUCCUAUAGGAUGCUAAAACAUUUCCCGACAUACGCUCCCAAAGAGGGAUAUAGAUACGACGGCGUCUACAAGGUCGUAAAGUACUACCCCGAAAAGGGGCUCUCGGGGUAUAACGUGUGGAAGUAUUUAUUGCGAAGAGACGAUCCUAAUCCCGCGCCAUGGGAACCCGAAGCGAAACAGUUUUCCGUCAUUUGGUGUCGUUCAAACCCCGGUCACCACAACUUUUGUAUGGUUUGCUUGAAAGUCGCUUUAGAGUCUUCGGAGUCGCGACAAUGUCCACGUAGUAAAAACAUCUCCUACGCGGAGUUGACCCCGAACGACGAACUGAAGAAUGCUUUAAAGAUGUUCCUCCCGGGAUACGACGCCGGUGAAAAGUAG